AUCUCCCGCCUGCACAGCCUCAGUUUACCGCCUAGCCGAUUUUCCGCAGGUGGUUGUCCAUCAGCCGCGAGGGAUGGGUGCGGGAUCCGGCGCGACCCUAGCUCUUGAGGGUGGCACCGAAAGUCCCUGGAGUCCUAAUGAGGGGGCCGCAGGGAGGUUGCUGCCUGCCAAGGAGCCCAGGUCCUGGAAGUGCGCGGGCUGGGUACCUGGGCCGGGGAGGCAGACCGCUGCAAGACAGGUUCUAGCCAGUCCCUGGACCAGCCGCGGCCGGAGUCCGCGUGGUUCUGAGCCCUCUGGUGCUGAGGGCCUUUGUACCCUCCCAAAGGGCGGUGCCAGAUCAAGGCUCCGCCCCCGGGCGCGUGCUGCCUGAUAAGGGGAAGGCCCUUUAAGAAGACUUAGUGCUCUCGAAGGACAGGGAGAGGGGGCCCUGAGGUCUCCGCGAGCCAGAGGUGCACAGAACCUCUGAGGAUCUUCCUUGCACCUUCUCUGCUCCCUCCAACGUGGAUACCCAGGUUAGAGGCUCUUCCCAGGUGAGUUCCUACCUCUCUGGUGGGAUCCUCUCCCCUGGUUAUAGCUGCUCACAGCUGACCGGUGAAAACUUUCCCCAAAUGUUAGUUCUCUCGCCAGAUUUACCCCCCACCCCCGAAAUUCACAGAGGAGAGCUACAUUCCUUAUGGAGGCUCCCCAGCUCAGUUUCUUCUGAGAGAACUCCCCAAGAUGAGAGAGAACCUUUCCCUUCCCCCAGCCCCUAUUCUUUGGUAAAGUUUCUCCCAGAGGUGCCACUCGGUAGGUGAGGGAUUCACCCCCAGGUCAGAACUUGCCUGGCUGGUGAUGGCUGUCUGGGCAGGCUUCCCUCUAGGUUGGAUUGGCUUCUGAAAACUCCUAUUUCCAGGCGAAUCUUUCCUAUUUCAAGGGGGUGUCUCUGGAGGUGAGAGCUUAGACCCUGAAACUUGAGGUGUCUAGGUGGGUUCUGUCCCAAAGCCUGGGGGCAGUAUUGCUUACAGAUCUUACAUGCUCCCUGCCCGUGGUGCAAGGUCUGUGGUACAGCUGGAAGAGGAACUGGACAGGAAUUGGUUCAGGGAAGGCAAGGGGCUGAGAAGUGGGGGCUAGGAGAAAUUGCCAGUCUGAAUCUGGACCCGGACCUGGACGUGGACUUGAAGUGGUACUCAGGGCCUGGCAGCCACACCUGAGCUGGAUGUGUAGGUCAUGCUCAUCCCACUCUCCCUCCUGGAGAGACUUUGGCCCAGAAAGCGGCUUCCAGCAGCCAAAGUUCAGGUACUGCCCCUGUCUGGGUGUGAACACGGGGCCCUCAGAGACCAGCACGGUUGGCUCUAUCCUUGAUCUUUGAGCCUGGAAAACUCAGACCACGGGACACAGCAGACACAGGCACUGCUGUCUGCAACACAAGAGAUGGAGCUGCAGAGGCGAGACUACCAUGUGGAGAGGCCUCUGCUGAACCAGGAGCAGCUAGAGGAGCUGGGACACUGGGGCCCGGUGCCCAAGACCUACCAGUGGCGAGCUUGGUUUCGGUGCUCCCGUGCUCGGGCCCAUGCACUUCUGCUCCAUUACAUUCCGGUCUUGGGCUGGUUACCCCGCUAUCCUGUGCGAGACUGGCUCCUGGGUGACCUGUUGUCUGGCCUGAGUGUGGCCAUCAUGCAGCUUCCACAGGGCUUAGCCUAUGCCCUCCUGGCGGGAUUGCCUCCUAUGUUUGGCCUGUACAGUUCUUUUUACCCCGUCUUCGUCUAUUUCAUAUUUGGUACCUCUCGACACAUCUCUGUGGGGACCUUUGCUGUCAUGUCUGUGAUGGUGGGCGGCGUGACAGAAUCCUUGACUGCAGAUGAGGCCUUCGUGCAAGGCUUGAAUGCCACAGUUGAUGAUGCCCGAGUGCAGGUGGCCUACACGCUCAGUUUUCUGGUUGGCCUCUUCCAGGUGGGGCUGGGCCUGGUGCACUUCGGCUUUGUGGUCACCUACCUGUCGGAGCCUCUGGUCCGCAGCUACACCACAGCCGCCUCUGUGCAAGUCCUCGUCUCGCAGCUCAAGUAUGUGUUUGGCAUCAAACUGAACAGUCACUCUGGGCCACUGUCUGUUAUCUAUACAGUGCUGGAGGUCUGCGCCAAGCUGCCCGAGACCGUGCCCGGCACCCUGGUCACGGCACUUGUAGCAGGAGUGGUGCUUGUGUUGGUGAAGCUGUUGAAUGAAAAGUUGAAGCGCUAUCUGCCCCUGCCCAUACCCGGGGAACUACUCACGCUCAUUGGGGCAACUGGUAUUUCCUUCGGUGCAAAACUCCGUGAAAGAUUCCAGGUAGACGUGGUAGGCAACAUCACCACAGGGCUGAUACCCCCGGUGCCACCCAAAACAGAGUUGUUUGCCACACUCGUGGGAAAUGCCUUUGCCAUUGCUGUGGUUGGCUUCGCCAUCGCCAUCUCGCUUGGGAAUAUUUUUGCCCUGAGGCAUGGCUACCGCGUGGACAGUAACCAGGAGCUGGUGGCCCUUGGCCUCAGCAACUUCAUUGGCAGCUUCUUCCAGUGUUUCCCCGUGAGCUGCUCCAUGUCUCGGAGCCUGGUACAGGAGGGUACCGGGGGCAACACACAGGUUGCCGGAGCCGUAUCCUCCCUUUUCAUCCUCCUCAUUAUCGUCAAACUCGGGGAACUCUUCCGAGACCUGCCCAAGGCCGUCCUGGCAGCUGUUAUUAUUGUGAAUCUAAAGGGCAUGAUGAAGCAGUUCUCUGACAUCUGCUCUCUUUGGAAGGCAAAUCGAGUGGACCUGCUAAUCUGGCUGGUGACCUUUGUGGCUACCAUCCUGCUGAACCUGGAUAUUGGCCUGGCGGUUUCCAUAGUAUUCUCCCUGCUGCUCGUGGUGAUCCGAAUGCAGCUGCCCCAUUACUCUAUCCUGGGGCAGGUGCCAGAUACGGAUAUUUAUAGAGACGUGGCAGAAUACUCAGGGGCCAAGGAGGUCCCUGGUGUGAAGGUCUUUCGCUCCUCAGCCACCAUUUACUUUGCCAAUGCUGAGCUCUACUGUGACUCACUGAAACAGAAGUGUGGUGUGGACGUGGACCACCUCAUCUCCCAGAAAAAGAAACGAAUCAAAAAGCAGGAGAUGAAGAUGAAGCGAAUGAAGAAAGCCAAGAAGUCCCAGAAGCAGAUCACCUCAGUUUCAGUGAACAUCAACACCGGCUUCGAAGACAUCAAAAGCAAUGACGUGGAGGGUUCCGAGGCCAAGGUGCACCAAAGGGAGGCGCUGGAGGAUGCAGUCACCAGCAGUCAAGAAGAUGUCAAGGCCCCAACCGUGAACACACUGAAGUCCCUGGGCCUACCCCAGCCAGACUUCCAUAGCCUCAUCCUGGACCUGAGCACUCUCUCCUUUGUGGACACCGUGUGCAUUAAGACCCUGAAGAAUAUUUUCCAUGACUUCCGGGAGAUCGAGGUGGAAGUGUACAUCGCUGCCUGUUACAGUCCUGUGGUCGCCCAGCUUGAGGCUGGACACUUCUUUGAUGACUCUAUCACUAAGCAGCAUCUUUUUGCCUCUGUCCAUGACGCUGUGACCUUUGCCCUCCACCACCGGAAGCCUGGCCCUAAGAGCCCUGUUUUGGCCACCCAACUGUGACUUUGCUGCUGGAGACUGCCUACCUCUAGAGGUUGUGACAGGUCACCCUCACGAAACUCCUGCCUCUGGGUCACCUCCAGGUGCCGCCCAGGACUCCGGUCCAUGUCCAUGCACACAUAGCCCAUGGACUCCCUGAGUUCCGUGCUGCAGGCCUGGGGCAGGGUAUUGCAGCCAGGCUGGCCUUGGCUGGGUGCUGGGAGGGAGCUGAUGUGGGAAUAAAUGUGUCUGUCCAACUUCA